AAGUCGCGGCCGCCCGGAGACCCGUCGCGUGUUCCCAGCCCCCGGAAGUGGCCGUUGUGCACUUCACCUCGCAGACUUUCUCCAUCCCGGUCCUAGAGUCCAUCGACUUACCUCAGUUGUCACUCCUUCUCCUGAGGGCUGCCUGGCCUUCCGCCCUAGACCUGAAGCUGCCCGGGGGGUCGUGGGUGUGCAGGCUGGACCACGCGAACCCGAGACUUUGUCCAUCUAACCUGUUAGUCAAGACAUCACCACGAGGAAGUAUAUCAUUAGGAAACAGUGGGGUGCUGUGAAAGAUUGGAAGACUUACCAUGAGUUUAAACACUUCAAGUAAUGCCACUACUGGGGAUACCCAAAGGUUGAAAAAUGUCUCAUUGGAUGCAAAGCAAAUGCUUAAAAAUGAAAUGGAAUCAGAUAUCACUGCCGAUCUCAGAAAGAAACUCCAUCGGGCUAAGAAGGAGAAAUUAGAAAUGACAACUAAGCACAAUGCAGAGCUGUCAAGCUACGAGAGCCAGAUUGCCAGGCUGCGGUCUGAGGUGGAAAAAGGAGAAGCCCUGCGACAGCGUCUGGAGUACGACCUGGCAGUGGUUAGAAAGGAGUCUGGUAUGGGGCGAAGGAUGGUGGAAGAGAGACUGGAUGAGGCACUGAGGACUCAGGAAAAACUCUGCGCUCAGAAUUUAGAACUUCAAGAAAAGGCAAGUGAAAUCGAGAAAACAUUUCAGACUUCCCAAGAGAAAUGGAAAGAAGAAUGCAGGAGAUUUGAACAUGAUUUGGAGGAAAGAGACAAUAUAAUUCAAAAUUGCAAUCGAGAAUACGAGUCACUUAUGCAGGAAAAAAACAAGUUACAAAAAACUCUACAGAUGUAGUGGUCUAUUGAUGAAGUUCUACAACAAAUAAGUAGAAAUGAGAACAGGCAUGCAUUUGUUUGCUGUUCCAUCAUUACACGUGGAAAUUCCAUCAAUGCCUGCUCAAGUUGAGGAACUAUUUCUCUGUGUUCUUUAAUAUCCCAUUCUUGUCUAUCUUCACACCUCCCACAAGAGAAAGUGAUUCUCUAGUUAUGCAAUACCCAUGUCUUUCCAAAAUCUGCUUGAAUUAAAGCAUAUAGACCAUUUC